AUGGUUGACCACCGACCUCAGUCGCGUACUGUCCCAACUCGACCAUACCGCCGGCGCGCAUCGUCGCCCUCGGAUUGGGAGAUUCCCGAAAGCGAAAGUGAGCCUGAGAGCUCUGACCAAGGCUCUGACCAGCCCCUGGGGCACUCAAGAAAACCUGAACGGUUGGCAAGUCCAAAUAAUCAGGCUACGAGGACCCCCUUGAGGAAUCAGAGCGGGGCCACACCUUCAAAGACUCGAGUUAGAACGCCUGUGGGGACUCCCAAGGCCACCGCCCCCACCCUUUUGUUACGCACGCCUGCUUCAAAGCCGCGACAUAAGCCCACCUUCCCGGAUUCUGACAUCGAAGAAAUAUCGGGCUCGGAAUGGACUCCAAGCAAAGGAAAGGCAAAACAAGUCAAACCGAAACUUAAACAUCGGUCCAUUGACCAGAAAUCAACGGUCAUUGACUUGACAGUAUCUGACGCGGAAACCCAAGUCCAUAGCGACGCGUCGAGCACUGGCGCGGUGCGGGGGUCGUUCUCAACCCUGAGCAUCGAAAGCUCGGUCACAACCCGCGAGGAAAAUGAUUCCUCCUCAUUAGCUGGGUCCCCGCAUUCGGGCUUGGAGGAUUCUUCCUCGAGGUCUUCGGCUGAACCCGAUUCAGAGGGUCUCCCUUCUGAGACUGAAAGCUGGCGCGCAUCCCGCUACUCGCCAAACCACGACGAGACUUUCGAGUUUGACUUCUAUGCGAACCAUUGGGACCGGAAGCGACAGCGCGUCGUAGCGGACAAUCUCUCUUUGUUCGAGAGAUUCAAGCAGCGGUACCGCAAUAAGCUCGCGGACUGCGCCGAGCAGGUGUACACCUACUUCAACUUCAAGGUCUUCCAAUCACAGCUGCCUUCUAUUGACAAAAUUAUCAUCACUUGGAGCAACCAACUGACGGCCACCGCUGGGGAAGCAAAAUACUCUUAUGGCGCGGACAGAAGUAUUGCGCAAAUCAUCUUGAGCGUCAAGGUACUGGAUACUGAAGAGAAAGUUCGUUUAACUAUGGCCCACGAGAUGUGUCAUCUCGCGACUUGGAUCAUCGACAGACGGUCCGGGGACGCAUCACACGGAGAAUCUUUCUGGAAGUGGGCUAAGCGUAUCUAUAAACUUGACAAGAACACCAAGAUUGCCGAGUUCCACGACUACGAGAUGGACUACCUGUAUACCUGGAUUUGCUCCCAUUGUCAAAACAUGGUUGGGCGUUGGAGGAACUCGAUUGACGUCAAGACCAAACCCUGCCCCAAGUGCAAGACAGUUAGACUGAAACUAAACUCCACUCCCCGGGAAGACGACCACCGCGUUUGUGUGCGGAAAGUGCCCAUUGGGAGCAGCAGCAGCAAGCAGGCACGCCGGCCGAAAGCCAAGACUGCUCAAAGUGCACCAGUGGCUUCGUCACCCUCAUCCUCGCCCUCGAAAACGAGGAAAUCCAAAGCUGCGUCGACUGCAGAGCUACUGGUCGAAGGCGUGGAUUAUGUGACGGUCUUUGAAGACCCGGAGGACGAUCCGGAUGUCCUUGACCUCACCGAUGCGGGACACACGUGCUUUGUGGCGAACGAGGUUGCAGAGGACGUGUCGCUUGAUGACCUUGUGCGGCAAUUUGGGAACAUUUUGAUUAUGACUGCGCCAUGUCAGCGCCGACGACGUUCUUGA